GAGUGCUCGGACUGCAAAGGGACAAAUUGCUUUCUGUCGGUCGCACGCGCGGAACCCUCGCUCAGUGCCGUUGGUGGUUUCAACUGCCCAGCCAGUGGUUUGGCCUAUUCAGCACUCGAAUCCCACUCAACAACACAAAUCAAAAAAUGUCGUGGAUAAAGGAACGCCUGGGAUGGUCUGAGGUGGUGGCCAAGGGUCGCCGCGCUAUCUGGAGGCCCCUGCUGGCCGAGUUCAUCGGCAACAUGUUCCUCAACUUGCUCGGCUGCGCCUCCGUGGUCGUGCUCAACGAGACCGGCUCCUCAAGUAACCUGCUGAUCUCUCUCACCUUCGGUCUCGUGCUCGCCUCAGUCGUUCAGGUGGUGUGCCAUGUGAGCGGAGGCCACAUCAACCCUGCCGUGACCAUCGCCAUGAUGGUGACCAGCAACAUCACCAUCAUCAAGGGUGUGCUCUACAUCGUCGUCCAGUGUCUUGGCUCCGUCGUCGGAUCCGCCAUCCUCAGGGCGCUGACCCCCGUCAACCUGGGAGGCAACCUUGGCAUGACCACCGUGCACCACAUGUUGGACCCCCUGCAGGGCUUCGGCAUGGAAUUCUUCCUCGGCUUCCUGCUGCUCUUCGUCAUCUUUGCAGUGUGCGAUCCCCACCGCGACGACGUCAAGGGAUCAGCUCCCCUCGCCAUCGGUCUUGCGGUCGCCGCGUGCCACUUCUCUGCCAUCAACUACACUGGCUCCAGCAUCAACCCUGCCCGUACCUUCGGCUCUGCUGUGGUCUCUGGCAUCUGGGAUAACCAAUGGGUGUACUGGUUGGGCCCCAUCCUGGGAGGCAUCGCCGCCGCUCUCAUCUACAAGCACUGCCUGGCGGCUCCUGCCCCGACCAGCCGCAGCCAAGGAGACACCGACUACAGCCCAGUCAGAGUUGAGGAGAAAGAGAUGAAGAGUCUCACCAAGGAUGAUAAUGCUGCAUAAACUUAAGAAGUUUCUCCAGCAAAACAAACCAGAAUCUUCAUUCUCUCCACCUUGUGCGUAUUCUAAUGUAAACAUAAAACUGGAACUUUUAUGAUGGCAUGAACCAAAUCUAAUAAGUGUUUCGGCCAAAACUCUUAAAAUGCCUUGUAUGGACUGCGUGCGCGUUAGUUUGUUCAAUCUUUUGAUCUUUGUAAACAUUUUAAUCAACUGUAAUGCUCAUUACAUCUUGAUAUUGUAAUUCUUAGAGUGCUACUGUGUUUUUUCAAGUAUAACAAACUCUGUCCAACUAUUAUGCAUUACAUGUGUUCAAAAAGAGUUAGUAACAAAAGUGUUGAUACAAAUACAAAAUGUAAGUAUUAAUUUUUGUUUAGAGCAAUUGUAGAAGGUUGCCUGUGUACUGUUUCUAAAUUUUAAUCAGCGCUAUUUUUAUCAAAUAAUUCUUGCACAUUAAAUUUAUUUCAUCAAAAAUUCAUGCUUUAACCAUAAGUGUAAAACUGAUUCAUACAAAAUAAAUCUUUAAAAUUAUCUGCGUC